AUGUCAACGGCCGAUCAAAAUCCGAUUACUCAAUAUCGUCAAACAAUAGUUAUUGGUUCUGGUACAGCUGGUUUAUCAGCGGCAUACCAAUUGUAUCAAUCCGGAUGUAGAUCCGUUUUAAUUCUGGAAGGUUCCAAUCGUAUCGGUGGCCGCAUCCUCACCGAAUACUUGGACCAAAAUUCCUCUAAGCCCUUAGAAAUGGGCGCAUGUUGGAUGCAUGGUUUACAAGAAAAUCCUGUUUAUGAAUUAGCUCAACGCGAAAAUUUCCCCUCCCACACUGGAACCAUCUUGAAUUUUGAUAUUGGUACAUGUGUCGACGAAAACGGCACACAAAUUUCCAGCGAAUUACAUCAUGAAGUCGAUCAAUUCUUCGAAAGUCUGUUACAAGAUACGCGUGAUCUAUUUGAAUUUCAACAACAAAAUAAUACACAAAUAUCGUCCAUCAGCAUUCAAAAGGUUUUCCUGGAAAAAUUCGAAAAUUUUCUCAAUCAAAAUGGCGCUGAUCAAGAAACACGUUGCCUGAAGCUCAAACUACUUCAACGAAGAUUCGAUCAAGAAACCGGCGAAUGCGGAUGUCAAUCGAUGGAACAAGUUUCAUACGCUGAAUUUGGCUCAUACCAACGACCAAAAGGGCCUGACAUGGAAUUUCCAUGUGGUUAUUCAACAUUGAUUCGUUAUUUACGUGCUCAAAUACCACAAGACUGGAUUGUAUUCGAACAAUUUGUUGAAAACAUCGAAUGGGACACCAACAAUCAGGUGCGAAUCACAUGCGCAAAUGGCAACAUCUACGAGUGUGAUCACGUUAUCUGUACUAUUCCAUUAGCGGUUAUGAAAUGGAGUUACAAAUCAUUGUUCACUCCUGCAUUACCAGUAUGGAAAACCGAAGCCAUCCAGAAGAUGGAUAUGGGUACUGUCGAUAAGAUCUACCUGUUCUAUGAUCAAUUGGAUUUCUUCGAUGGAGACUCGUUGGCUAUUGUAUAUGAUCGCGAACAUGAAACAUUGGAUAUAAAAAAAGAAUGGUACAAGAAGAUUUUCUUGUUUCAAAAGGUGUACGACAACGUUUUACUAUGCUGGAUAACGGGCGACGAAGCUAUCUUCUGUGAACAAUUGGAUGAAACAUACAUCGGCGAUGUCUUAACAAAUUUAUUUCGAAAAUCAUUGAAAAACAACGAUAUACCAACACCGAAUAAGGUCGUUCGAACACAAUGGUUUUCCAAUCCAUGUUCCAAAGGUUCAUAUUCAUAUGUUCCUGUCGGUGCUUCAUCUUGGCAACAUAUUCGCGAUUUGGCCAAACCGCUGACCGUUCACAAUAAGCCACGAGUAUUUUUUGCGGGUGAACACACCCAUACUCGGUAUUAUUCAACUGUAACGGGAGCUUUCAUAACUGGUCGGACUCAAGCGCUACAUGUCGCCCAAGAACUGAUCAUGAAUAACGAUACGGAAAUGUUAGUCAAGGCUAACACUGAUGAUUUCACUAAAAUUCAAUGGAAACGCGAAGAGCCACCCUGA